UUUUAAUCAGUAAAUUUAUAAAUAAUUUUAUUGUGUAAGGUUCAAGUUUGCUUUUAAUGAAAUGUGUAUCACUUAUGCUUGUUUUAGAACUUGUGGUGUCGUUGAUUCCUCUCCUUUCCCUGUGUAAUAACUGCCACUUUCAAAAAGAUUUGAUUCUACUUGCACAUAACGACUAUAGAAGAAUUCACUCGGUUAAUUCACUUGAAUGGAACGAUGAAUUGGCUAAAUCAGCUGAAAAGGAGGCUUUAAAGAUUACCAAGGAGAAAUGUGAUUUGCCGCUAUAUUACUCAGAACUCGCUGGGACCAAUUAUUUAUCUGUUUCUAAAAGAUUAUUUAAUGAAGGAAUUGCUGUUCAGUUUUGGUACGAAGGAAUUAAAGAAUAUGAUUUUGACAAAUCUGGAGUGUUAACCAGGAAUCCUAAUGUUUUAGCAUUUACACAGCUGGUGUGGAAAAACACAAAGUUUAUUGGUUGUGGCGUCUCAUGUUGUAGUGAUAAUAUAGUACUAGUCUGCAGAUAUCAUCCAUUUGGGAACAUUCCAGGCCAAUUUAGCGGAAAUGUGUUUGAGAAGUUUUACAAAUCGCAAGGAGAGCUUUAAUUUCAUACCCCAUCUCGUAUUUAUUAAGGAUACUGAAAUAUCAUUGACAUACUGUCAAUAUCAGCUUGUGAAUGUGUAAUUAUAUUCAGUAUAUGGUGUACUAGUACUAACUAUGAUUUUGACGGUUCUCUAAUGGGGCGACAACU